AUGGCUGGUGCGGCGGCGGCGGCGGUGGGGCUGGGAGUGGUGGUGUGGUGGGCGGCGGCGGUGGCGGUGGGGUGCGGCGCGCAGCCGGUGGUGGUGGGCAGCUACGGGCAACCCAGGCUGUGGCUGAAGCCCUACGACUGGAGCUACCUGCGCGUUGAAUUGCCGGCGUCGUUUUCGUCUGUCACUAUGGAUUUCGCAACUGACAUAGACAUUCAGAGGGAGCACUUGAAGGAUCUUCCAAGAAGAGAGCUUGCUAUCAUUUGCUUGAUGAACUCCAACCCUCCUAUUCCUGAUAUAUCUGAUUCUUUUCUGGACAGUUUAUUAUCGAACUUUCUCGUUGUUGGGACUUUUGGCAGUACAAAUAAUCAGUCAAAUCUGGCGCAAUGCAUACCAUUCCAGAAAAACACAUCAAUUGUGUUAAGAAAUGACCAGAUAUCUCCAGGAAUAUGGUACAUUGGUUACUUUAAUGGCCUUGGACCUGCUCGCACACAAUCAAAGAUGAUUAGCCGAGGCAAGGCACGUUCUGUGAGCACUAGUAUCACCGUAGAAGGAUGUCCAACUUCAGCACUAUGGGGACCAUACUGUAAUGAAACAAUGGAAAUGAUUAGUUGUUCUCAGUCUUCAAGACAUAACAACUCAAGAAAUCUUAUAGAUUUGAAUAUUGGCAAGAGGAAACGUCUUAAUACCAGAGAACAUAAAAGGCGUAUUAAUUUUCUGUCGCAAUGGAACCAUUUAGAAGAAAAGGGAGUUGGCUCCAAUAGUUCAACCUUUGCAAGAAUGGACAACUCAAUCACUUGUGCCAUUUCAAAUGGCUCAUUAUGCUUAAGGCAAGGUGAUAUGAAGUUCUACUUCUUGGACAUAGUUAAUCUAGCAUUGCAAUUUGAAAUUACAGCUAUGAAUUUUGGAUUAGCUCAAAGGCCAUCCUUAAUAUGUUACUUGCGCUACAAUGCCUUUCCUCGGAGAGAUUUGCAUGACUAUUCAGGUGAUAUCAGCAGUGCUCCUUUGGUUCUAAAGUUGCCAAAUAUUGGACGAUGGUAUAUUGCUGUUGAGACUGUCAAUAUAACACAGAUGAAUAGCACUGCAUCAGCACCUUUACCGGAUACAACAUGCUUCUCAUUAGAGUGGCAAGUAACUGGAUGCCUGAAUGGAAAAGCUGGAACCAACUGUUCAUGGGAGGCGUAUGCGCUCCAGAGGGUUCCUAAGCGAAGUCCUUCUGUCCCUUUUGAGUCAUAUUAUGUUCCUAAUGAUGGAAGGGCGUCCCUGGAGUAUAGUCACUUCUCCCUGGAACAGUAUUUAAGCAACUCUUCUUUUGAGCCAUUUGCAUGGACUUAUUUCUUUUUGGAUAUUCCGCAAGGUUCAGCUGGUGCACUUAUCCAUGUCCAAUUAAAAUCAGAUAAAGAACUGAAUUAUGAGCUGUACUCAAAAUAUGGUGGUUUACCAUCAAAUGAGAGUUGGGAUUAUUAUGCAAGCAGGACAAGCAGCAGUAAUGGCUCAGUGUAUUUUUCAUUACAGAAUUCCACAAAUUCAGAUAUGGAUCUAUCUAUUUUCUAUGCUAAGGAGGGAACUUGGUGCUUCGGUGUGAAGCAUCCAAGUGAUAAAGCAAAUUCUGAGACGUACAUGUCCAUCUCUCUUCAGGGAUGCCAUAAAAACUGCAAUCAGAAAGGUGCAUGUCAUUCCUCAAUCGAUGAAAGUGGGCUAACUUUCUACAGCUUCUGCACAUGUGAUCGUGAUCAUGGUGGGUUUGAUUGCAAUGAUGAAUUAGUUUCACCUAAUGGGCACAUCUGGCAGUCUGUCUUUCUAAUUGCAUCAAAUGGUGCAGCAACUUUACCUGCCUUUUGGGCUAUCCGGCAAAAGGCAUUUGCAGAAUGGAUUCUUUACACUUCAAGUGGAAUUUCUAGUGCAUUAUACCAUUCAUGUGAUGUGGGUACCUGGUGCAUACUGUCUUUCCGUGUAUUACAGUUUUUGGAUUUCUGGCUUUCCUUUAUGGCUGUUGUUGGUACGUUCAUAUAUAUGGCUACAAUCGAUGAAGCUUCAAAGCGAGCCAUGCAUACAGCUGUCUUUAUUCUUACGGCUCUUUUAGCUGCAACAGGUGCUACCAGAUCUGCAAAUAUUGGUAUUGUUGUUGCUAUUGGUUCUCUUGGCCUGCUUAUUGGAUGGCUAUUGGAGUUCUCUACAGCGAGAAGAUUUGUGUGCUGGCCGUGGCGAAUCAAUCUUAAUGUACCUCAAAGCUGGCCAAACUUCAGGACUUUAUUUUGGAGUACUCUGGAGUUGUUGAACAAGCGAUUUCGUUGGUUAUUUCUACUUCUGGGAUUCAUCACAUUAGCUUUUGCGGCUACAAGCUGGAAGCUAGAAUCAAAUCGUACCUACUGGGUUUGGCACAGCAUGUGGCAUAUUACUAUUUACACGUCUUCAUUCUUCUUCCUGUGCUCCAUGCGCGUCAAUACCGUUAAUCAUAGUCCGGAGCCAAGCUACGAGUUAACGAGGCAAGAUUCAUUGCCGAGAUCAGAGUCCAGAGAAACCUAACGAACCGAGACACGCCAAAUAUACAUCAGUCUGUCCUUGCUUUACAUUAUGGACUGUUUUAUGGCCAAAGGUCUUGUUACUGGACCUACCUUCGAUGAAGAGUUGAAUGCCAGAAUCUUUUUGGCAUUAUGUUUCUGCCGGCCUCUUCGGGUAGGUAGGUAUAUGGCUUUCAUGAUUUUUGGUUGGGGGUGUAAUUCCAGGAAUCAUUAAAGGAUAUAGAUUUUGUAACUACGUACAUGUACCAGUAGAGAUCAGCUGCAUCGAAUGAGAACUGUAAAUAGAGUGGGUGCAGAGAACGGAAAUAUAUACAACUAUUAUUGA